CCUCCGGUCCUAGUCCCCGCCCUCCUCAGCUCCUCCCUGAACCUCAGCAGCGGGCCGGGUCAGGGAAGUCUCGCCGAACCCUGGCCCAAGGCUGCGACAGCUGAGCCUCGACGCUCCUGAAGGACAGCUGAGGAAAGCGACAGUCUCCACCAACUCGCUGUCUCGGUGGGCGGCAAUGAAGGUGGGCGUCCUUGGCCGCGUCGGUUCUGGCCCUUGGAAGACGCCGCUUCUGACCUGGUGCCCUCGCCCAGGGCCGCUAAGCCAGAGGGCACAGGGCAGCCCUGACAGCCGAGCCCGGAGGAGGAUCAGCAGGGCCUGAGGCGCAGAGCCCGCCCCUUCGCCCAGCCCCAUCGGUGGGAUCGGCCCAGAGGGCGGGAGCAGGGAGGGGAGACGGGGUCCUUGCCCCCAGCCCCUCCCCUUUCUCAGCCCGGCACAAACCCCGCACAGUCUCUGCCUUAGCGCCUUCUUCCCCGCCCAGAAGGACGCGACCCGCGGAGGCAAAGCCAUCAGAAAAAGCCCCGCCCUCCGGCCAGCUACCUCCAGACCCUGAACCCGCCGCUCUGGGCCGCCGGUCGCUGCCCGCUGCUACGCAUGCGUGACUGCGAGCAGAGCGCAUGCGCCUUCGCUUCCCGCCGGAAGUGUUUUCCGUUCUCCGGCGUUUUGGAGUCGUUGGCCUGGAGAAGGGGUAGGAAAAGCAAGGAGCAGAAGUACAAGUAUAUUGAGAUUUUUAUUACGCAGACAAUAACAGCACAUAAAGAGCACGAUGACACUGCUUAAAAAAAUUAAAUCUAAAUGUAGGAUUAGUCAAAAAGAAGUGGCAGGUUUUUUAUAAUGCCAAAACCCAGGUUUAGGUAGUUAAGGCUUCGCCUUUGAUUUCUGGGAAAUGUAGUUUGGCUGCUGCCUGCUCGACUGUUGGCGACAGAAACUACAACCUCCAGGAGCCACCGCGACGCUGCUGGUGCGGCCAGCAAAUCCACAGUUCUGGAGUCAGGAGCUGAGUCUGGUGGUCGGUCUGAUGAUGGAUUCUGAAUUAAUGCAUAAUAUAGUAGGAAGCUAUCUUAAACCUCCAGAAAGAAUGUUUGUUCCACCACUUAUUGAGGAUGAAUCAUCUCAGAAUUGCCACCCUGUGAACUUACAAGUUACUGCUGCUAAAAUGAUUCAUAGUCCAAAUAGCCAAGCUCUUAUUUUAGCCUUAAAAACUCUUCAAGAAAAGAUUCAUCGUUUAGAAAUAGAGAGAACACAAGCUGAAGAUAACCUGAACAUGCUUUCUAGAGAAGCAGCACAGUACAAAAAGGCCUUGGAGAAUGAAACAAACGAGAGAAAUCUGGCUCACCAGGAACUGGUAAAGCAGAAGAAAGAUAUAAGUAUACAAUUAAGCUCAGCCCAGUCUCGUUGUACUCUUCUAGAGAAGCAGCUGGAAUAUACAAAGAGGAUGGUCCUCAAUGUAGAACGUGAAAAAAAUAUGAUCCUAGAACAACAGGCCCAGCUUCAAAGGGAAAAAGAACAAGAUCAGAUGAAGUUGCAUGCAAAACUUGAAAAGCUUGAUGUCUUAGAAAAAGAAUGUUUUAGAUUGACAACCACUCAGAAGACUGCUGAGGACAAGAUUAAACAUCUAGAAGAAAAACUUAAGGAAGAAGAACAUCAGCGUAAGCUAUUUCAAGACAAAGCUGCUGAACUUCAGACUGGACUUGAAAUCAGUAAAAUUUUAAUGUCUUCAGUGUCAAAUUCAAAACACUACAAGGAAAAGAAAAAAUCUUCAAAGAAAACUAAAUGUUUGAAAAGAGGACCACCUCUACAAAUUUAUUCAGAGCUUAGAGCACCACUUAUUGAGGCUAAAAAGUCUGCCAGUGCAGGCUGUUCGGUGAAUGCAAGUUGGCAAGACCUUCAGCAGAAGAUGCCUCGCUGUGGCCCACGUAACCUCCCAAAAUGCGCCCAAGUGGUUGAGCCUAGAUGUCUCUGUAAGCCUCCUAGAGCCGUUUCCCAGUACUGUAAAGCUGUACCUCGUGGAUCAGAAAAGUCUAUUUCCAUUUGUGACAGUUUGUCUGAACUUUUGAUGGCAAUGCAGGAAGAGCUAGACCAAAUGAGCAUGGAGCAUGAAGAACUACUGAAACAAAUGAAGGAAACUGAAACCCAUUCCGUAUGUGAUGAUAUAGAAUAUGAACUAGAGCGUUUAGUCAAGAAAAUGGAAAUUAAAGGAAAGCAAAUUUCCAGACUGAAGAAGCAUCAGGACAGUGUCUAUAAGCUACAGCAAAAAGUUCACAACUCAAAGGCAAGUAAAGCUUCGGGUAUUCAGCAAGAUGGUAACCAAGAAUUGAAAAACAUGAAAAAUAGCCCCAGGAAAUGUUUGCAUGAAGCUAACUCUUCUCAGAAAAGCAACAACUUUCAUCCAAUACAAGUUCAUAAUAUUCAGAUGAAAUUGAGAAGAGAUGAUAUCAUGUGGGAACAGUAAUGCAGUACCAAAGCUUGUCAGCGUAAAUGAACUCUCUCAGCAAGAACUUGAAUUGUUAAAAUUGUUUCAAUCUAAUAUAUAUUUGUCAAAUUUCAAAUUAUGUUUCUGGCCUCUAUAAAACAUGAAGUUGCAAGUUUUUAAAUUAAUGCUGAUGACCAAUUAAGAAUUCCAAAUAGUGUGGUACUUUUUUCCUUACUCUCCGAAGUCCCUAAACUCAUGAUUUAGAAACAUUAUUCACUCUGUAAAUAUCUUAAGCUAAAUCUAGGAAAUUAGACUAAAUUACUCAGUAUUCAAAAUUGAGUUAAAUAUGAGCUAUCAGUACUAUUCCACUUUUUCAUUUAGUAGACUUGUAAAGAACCAACAUUAAAUGAACAGAGUACAAACAGAUCUUUAAUUUUCCUAGUGCUGCCUCCCUGUCUUGUUUUAAAGCUUUGAAAUAUUUUUUUUUUGAGAAAGGUAAAAGCUUAAUAGUUCUGCAAUUAUGUGAAAAUAUCUUUAACAUUGGUUUUAUGUAACAAUUACAAAUGGGAAUUCAUAGUUGCCUAAUAUAUACAAGACAGUAAACCACUGACAGAAUAAUAUUCCUAUUCUCUUUUACAAAUCUAGUUUCUAAAUACCAGUGAAUUGUUUUACCUUCUUUAUAACUUUGCUUUUAUUCUUUGCUUUAUAUAUAAUGUCCAUUGAUAUAAAUUGGUACUGUGACUUUCUACCACCCAAAAAAGUGGUAUAUUUUUAUAAGACAAUAUAGAAAGAGAGUUAGGGAUUUAAUAACCUUAUUCAGAAAAAAAAAAAAAAAAAGACACAGGGAUGUGGCAUAUCUUUUUAUAUUUUAAAAUUAGUGAUAUAAUCACAUUCUUUAAGCAUGUUUUAUAAUAAAUUGGCACUUGGCUUUUUAGAUACCUAUGAAAUCUACAACUCUUUUGAACUCUUGGAUUUCUACUCAAAUCCUCCAAUGCAACUAGACGAUUUGAGUCAUCAAAUAAACUAGUAACAGAGGACAGACAGAAAAGCUGUAAGAAGGGGCCGGGAAGAUAGCUCAGAAGAAUAAGCACUUCCCUGGCAAG